GUGUGUGUGUGCGUGUGUGUGUGUGUGUGUGUGUGCGUGUGUGUGUGUGUGUGUGUGCGUGUGUGCGUGUGUGUGUGUGUGUGUGUGCGUGUGUGUGUGUGUGUGUAAUUUUCUGUUUUAAAUCAAACCAUGCCAUCGCAAGUGCCAUAAUUGCAAUAUAUUUGAACUUAAUGAGACUUUAUUUUGUCCUUCUCAAGAUAGAUCGAAUAAACGAGGUGGUGCAGAAUACCCGUCCAAUGGUGAACAAAAAUUACAAAUCCUGUAAAACAUGAACGCAGAUAGAAUUGAUAAAUCAUUGUAAGGAAAUUAAAAAGUUAAUAGGAAUACUAGAACAAAACAAACAAAUAAACUAACAUUGCGGUCUGAACCACAACUUUCUUAAGAUUUAUAAAGAAAAAAAAAACAAAAAAAAAUCAGCAAAAAUCGAAAAUCCCUCUCUUUAUCAUGCUUUCUCUCUUCCUCUUUAUCACUCCUCCUCUCUUCCUCUUUCAGUACCGGCACGUUCCUUCUUAAAGGUCAAACUUACUAUCGUAUGAAAAUGAAAGAUAAUUUUAUAAAAUAUUUAAUAUAUAUUGAUGUCUGAGUCCAGAGAAAUCAAACUGCCUUAUACUUCAAUGUAUGUUUUUAUCAAAAUAAUUAUAUGUAUCUUUACAGUUCAAUAACUAGGCCUGCUCCUCGGCAUUAAAAAUAAAUAAAUACAUAAAUGCAUAAGACACUGUGAUAAGAACAAAAGCUGGCAGAACAAGAACACUGCAAUGUUUUAUUGUGAUAUCUAAAAAAAACAUGUGACACGAGAAAGCUGCUGCUUACUUAGUGAUAAUAAGCAAGGACUGUUGUUCAUUUUUUCCCUGGAUGGUAUCUCUAAAAAAAAAAUAGAUACUUUAUGCUAGUUGCGAUUUUAUAAUGAUUUGAUUAUCUAUUCAUCGAUGAACAGUAUGCUAACUCAUGCUGCUCUAAGAACUAAACGAAUUUGUACACGUGUCCGCAGAUAAGAUUGAAAAUUAAAAAAAAAACGAAAAUAGUAAAAAAGUCCACAGGAAAUUUUCAAUAAUUUAUAAUUAUCUGUAACACUGCUUUAGUAAUGUUGAGAAAUAAAAUCCUAAGAUAAGCCAGAGAGAUAAGAGUACAGGAAACCACUUCCCACGCUGCGCCGUCAGGAAAGAGCGAGGGCAGAUUGUUGAUAAUCACCAUAAGCAAUCUGACGCAAGAAGAGCUGUAUCUUGCUCAUCAGCCAUGGCAAAUCGACACUGGAUGGCAGCAGGUUUAUGGCUAUUAUUAAUCGUGACAUGUGGAUCACUGCAACAAAUCCUCGCAUCUAACUCUGAGCCCGAGAUCGUGUCAGGGAAGCCAGCGAGAAGGGUUUGUUACUACCAGUCAGCCACUGUCUACCGCCCUGGGGGAGCCAGCUACAGGAUCGAGGACAUUCCUGGUGAUCUCUGUUCUCACAUCAUCUACGCUUUCGCUGACCUCUCCAACAUCACGUGGGAGGUCAUGCCUUCGAUACCAAGUUUCGACAUUGAUGCACGCGGUUACGAAAGGUUUGUCGGCUUGAAGGAGAGCUACCCAGGCCUCACUGCGACCCUUGGCGUAGGCGGCGGAGGCGCUGGGGUCGCUGGGAUCUUCUCGCAGAUGGCCAGCGUCAAGGAGCAAAGAGACAUUUUCGUCAGGAGUGUUAUAGAUCUUGUAAAGACGUAUAAGUUCGAUGGUGUUGAUGUAGACUGGGAAUAUCCCGAUACCCCCGAUGACAAAGAACAUUUUCGGUUACUGAUGGACGAAUUACGGGCGGCCCUGGAUGCGGAGAGCCAAGGCCUGGAGCUGACCAUGGCAGUUCCUAUCGUGAGAUAUAGAUUGCAAGAUGGAUACAGCGUCCCAGAACUGUGCAGAGCAGUUGAUGCAGUGCACCUUAUGGGCUACGAUCUGCGAGGAGUGUGGAAUGACUUCGCCGACGUGCAUUCAAUGCUCUAUCGAAGACCUGACAUUGACUUUGGUAUUCUCGAGGAAAUAAACUUGAAUGACGGAUCACUUCUUUGGGAGGAAUUUGGAUGCCCACGAGACAAGCUGGUGCUAGGAGUGCCCUUCUAUGGACGAAGCUUCACACUAUCUGAUCCUUCUCUACAUGGACUCCAUGCCCCGAUCACUGGGGCUGGGAAUCCAGGUCCUAUAUUAGGAGAUCCUACUGUACUGGUAUACUUUGAGAUCUGUACAACCUUGAUGAAUGACCCUGAGUGGACAAGAGAAUGGGAUAAUGAAGGUUUAGUUCCUUAUACAUACAAAGGAGACCAGUGGAUUGGGUACGAAGACCCCGAGAGCCUAAAGAUCAAGGUGGACUAUAUUCGAGAGAAUGGCUACCUUGGGGCUAUGAACUGGGCUAUUGACGAUGAUGAUUUCAAAGGCUGGUGUGGCUUAGGGAUCAACCCCAUGAUGACAACGAUAUAUGAAGGUUUGAAAAACUACACUGUACCAAGAAACAGCCAAAAACAGUCAAUAUCCUUUGAUGUAUCAUUCCUCUACAUCAUGAUGGCAUGCUCCUUAAUUAGUGUAUCAGUGUAGUAGAGUCCAGUAUCUUUUAACUCUGAUUUGUUACUAAAGUUCCAUACAUAGUUUUAAUUGCAAAUGUAUGAUGAUUAAUUAUAGCUAUAUAGAAUUAUAAAGCAUAUUGAUUAUACUUUCAACUAUUAAUAAACAUUUUGUCUAAUGUG